AAUAAAUUUAACUAGAAAUGAAUAUGUGAUAUGCCCUCUAAUAUUUGGACGAUGAGAGGUGUGAUUUCUCUUGACUACACCAUGUUCAACCACAAUAAAUAUCAGGGUCGUCGUUUUAUUAUGAUAAUCAGAAAGUUUGAAAGAUAGGGUACUCUUGUGGUGGCAGGAUAAGGUGGUAUGUGUUGAAAUACCCGGAUAAACGACAUCACUUUCCAAUCAGCGGCAGCCAUAAACGUCUGCACAUAACACCUUCCGUUUGAUUUGAUAAGUAUAUUAUAACAAUGUCUCAGGACGGCGGAGCAGGUGGAGCCCAGGGGGCAGAUGGAGUCAGACAACCUAACCCUCAACAUCAAGCAGCUUCAAAAAGAGUUCAACAGACACAAGCCCAAGUUGAUGAGGUGGUGGGUAUAAUGCGUGUGAAUGUAGAGAAGGUACUGGAACGUGACCAGAAGCUUUCAGAACUGGAUGAUCGAGCAGAUGCACUCCAGCAGGGAGCAUCACAAUUUGAACAACAAGCUGGUAAGCUAAAGAGAAAAUUCUGGUGGAAAAAUUGUAAAAUGAUUGCUAUAAUGGUUGGAAUUGGUGUAGUUAUUAUUGUCAUUAUAGUCGUGUAUGCUGUCACCAAGGCGAAGAAUAAAGAGAAAAGUUAAAUUGGUUUUGAGUUCCUUGUUUACAUACUCUGUGUAAAUAUGUCACAGCUGUAAAUCUGUCUCAGAGUACUGAAGGCAAAUGAUUUACUAAAAAUACAUAAUUUUGUAUAUAUAGCCUUUUUUCUUUUCCAUAGCUAGUCAACAGGUUAGUAGCAAGUAAUAACCUUCUAUGUGAAUUUUUUGUUAUUGUUAAUUGGGUGGUAAAAAUGAAAUGUUGAUAUAUACUUUACAACUGUUUUUGUUCUUUGAUUUUGUAUUUCUUGUGUAGUACUUUUCUAAGACAAUAAUUUAUAGGGUUGGGAAAAUGUAGAUUAUUAGUAAUGCUUUUUUAUUUUAAUAUUUAAGUGCAUUCUGUUUUUAUUAAAUUUUUAGAGCAUUUGAAAGAAAUAUUAGAGGAAAAUUCAACUGUUUUUCGUUCUGUUUUUACAUGUUUUUUUUAAUAGGUUGUCAUAAUUAUUGUAGAAAAGAAGUUGAUGCUUCUUUGACAAAUUUUAUUUUGAAAUCUAAAUGUUUUGCAAAUAGUUUGCUUAAACCACUAAAAUGUCACAACACCACAAGGUCAAACAGUAGUAUUUGUUAGAUCUAAAGAUAUUUUUAUAUAGGGAAGUAAGAGUUAGGCUAAUAAUAUUAAAAUAAAUGACAAGUGAAUGUAUUGAAUUGUUUAUUUGUACAAAACUGAGCUACAAUUUAAUUUUUUAAGUUGUUUUGUAUUCUACAAUCGAUAACAUUAUAGUCUAUCUUAAAGUUUGGGUGAGAGGUUUUCAGUAAAUUAGUCACAAAGUUUUGUUUUUAUUUAUGUGUUUUAUUUUUCUAUUCUUUAAAGUUAUCCAGUAUAAAAAGUUUCUUAUUUUUAGAAUAUCUAUAAGUCUGAUAAUGCAUAAUUCCCAUUAUUUGCAGUACCUAUAUAUUAUAAUCUUGCAUGUUGAAUUGAUAAACUUAUUUUAUUUCUAAAUAAGAAUGUUUUAUAACCAAUUUUCUUGAUCUACCAAUUUAUGUACUCCACUGAAGUUCUUUUUCUACAAUAAUGCAUUAAAAUUCCCUUUAACUGGUAUUCACUAGGCAACAUUUAUGUAGCUUGUGAAAGAAAGUAAGUUUCUGUAGGGUUCAAGUUUUUUAUUACAUAUUCUUAUAGUGCACAAGGUAUGGGAAACUUUUUGAAACAUCGAGAAUUGUAUUUAUAUAUACUUCACAAGACGUAUGAAAUGAUUUCAGUGCUUUCUACAAUGAUAUCAAAUAUUUUGAUUUCAUAAAAGAUGAUGAAAUAAAUUUCUCUCUAAGCCAUUAUAUAUACUUCAUUCUAAAUAUUUUAUUCUAUUUGCAUUUAGGUGUAACUUCUGCUCAUACCCAUUCUCCCCUGUUUUCUUGUAUAAAUCUUUUUUAGUAUUAUCAUAAUUUGAUAUAAUAAAUUCAUUACUUUUAGGCAUAACUUAAUAUUUUACACUAGUGAUAAAAUAAAUUGUUAUCCCGCAGUAAAUGUUUAAAUUACUGUUUCAUAGUUUAAGUUUAUUGUUCAUACCAAACGGUAGACUGGAUAUCGUUAAGAAUUGAAAGAAAUAGGGUACAUCUCAACACCUGAAGGCUCAUUACCAUUGGUUUCACUAAAAUAUACCUACUGAAAGGUACCAGCUACUUAGAAUAUGUUUGUGGCUGCUUUUGUCUUUACUUGCAAGACCAUGAUUUGCCCAUUAAAAACGAAAAAAUGAACACCCAGUCACCCAGAGCAAAGUGUUUUCAGUCCAAAAGUGAAAGCUUAUUACUUGAAGAAAAGUUUUUCUGUACUCCAUUUUUCCCAUCAUGUUUCCAGUGAGUUAUGCUAAUAUUUGAUUCCUGUUUACUGUACAUGUACAUUCACAUGCUAAGUAGUAUCUGCUGUUAAAGAUAACAUUUGUUACUAAUUAUCAGUUUUAAAAUUUUGUCAAAAAUUAGUUGUGUAAACACGACUUCAGAUGAAUAAAAGUUAUGAUAAAAGUACUUGAACUUCAA